AUGACUCAGGGUAUUACAGGAGGAUUGGUAAUGGAUUUUGGACUUGAGGGAAAGAAGGCCUUCGUCGCCGGCGGAGGACGGGGAAUAGGCAAGGCGAUUGCCCGGGUACUGGCCCAGGAAGGUUGCGACGUGGUGAUUGCGUCCCGGUCAAUGGACCAGCUUGAGGAGGCGGCCAGGGAAAUAUCCGACGCCACUGGCCAUACCGUCAUUCCCAUGCAGAUGGAUGCCACCCAAACCGAUCAGGUAAACCGGGUGGUGGCGGCGGCGGCCGAACAACUGGGUGGGCUGCACAUCAUCGUCAACAGCGCGUCUCUUCCAGGUGGGUCCGACGACGCGGUGGGCUACGUUGAGACGGUCAACGAAGAGUCGCUGAUGGCCGACUUUGACGUUAAGUUCGUCGGGGCGCUUCGGUGCGCAAAGGCCGCCAUCCCCAUAUUGAAGGAACAGGGCUACGGCCGCAUCAUUAACAUCAGCGGCGGAAACGCCCGGAACGCCGGGAAUCUCAGCGGCGGGGCCCGGAACGUCUCAAUGGUCCACAUGACCAAGACUCUUUCUAACGACCUUGGCCGUUACGGGAUAACCGUCAACUGCAUCCACCCGGGCACAACCCGUACCGAGCGGACGGCGGUGAUGCUGGAAGCCCGUGCUGCUCAGCAGGGGGUUACGGCGACCGAAGUGGAGCAACAGGACUUUACCCCUGGUUCGGGUCGUGGCAACGCCAUCUGCCGAAUGGUGGACGCCGAGGAAAUUGGCUUUCUGACCGCCUUCCUGGCCUCCGACAAGGCCUGGGCAGUUACCGGCGAAGUUAUCGCGGCCGGCGGCGGUGUGGGCACUGCGGUCUUCUACUAG